UGGACACACGCUCAUCGCCGAAGUAGGCAAGAUCGAUCUUGAACGGCUUCAGUCAACCCUAGAGAGAAGAUGGCAUCUUACUCAGCCAUGGUGAGCACUAUCGGAGCUCGCUUUGCUUACAGUCCAUCGAUGGAUGUGCCAAAGAAGAGACAGCCAAUGCCUUCAUUGGCGUCGGCACCUUACCGGCGGCGAGAUUCCGCGCUGGUGGUGAUGGCGGUCGCAAUCAACCAGGAAAUUCGCAAGAACGAGGAUAAGGUCGUCGAUUCCGUAGUUGUCUCCGAGCUCUCGAAACCUCUCACCGCCUACUGCCGGUGCUGGAAAUCGGGGACGUUUCCUCUAUGCGACGGGAGCCAUGUUAAGCAUAACAAAGCCACUGGCGAUAAUGUUGGCCCAUUGCUUGUAAAGAAGUGAGAAAUUAGCUUGUUAGGCCUCGUUAAAGAGUAAUGGUUGGUUUCUUCCCUCUUUUAAACCUUGCUGUUCUAAAAUGUUUUAACUGUUUAUGAGUUUAGUUCUCCCCACUAAUAUAUAUGCUAUGACUGUAAGUUCUCCCCAGUUCUUUGUUAUUCUGAUGCCAUUUAGUUUAGAA